AUGGAUGUCUCCGCUUGCCACAGCCAGAUCCGUGUCUCGUCGUUUGGAGGCGACGACCAAUACAACGCGUCCUCAUCUGUGUCUCGGCAUCUAGGAGCACGAGCCAUACUCGUCGUCUCACGAGACGACGACCCUGCCCUUGCAUACGGAGGAGCGGGGGAGGAUGACAAAUGUUUAAAUUCCGUGAGCGGGAGACCGGGGAUCCUGCGGCGCACCACGAACUCUUCUUUCUUCUCCGCCGCCCCACCGCUCCCGCUCGGGCUACCACCACCGCCCCGCACCUCCCGUCGCGCUGCCGAGCGACGGCGCGCAUCCGUCUCCUCCGCUCCGACCCUCCCGCCCUGCCUCCCGCGCCAUCUCGCCUCUCAUCGCCGCCCCGCCUCCCGCGCCGUCUCGCCUCUCAUCGCCGCUCCGCCUCCCUCCGUCGUUCCUGGCUGCCGGGCUCCUUCUCCGUCGUCGGCUACGCGCGUGAGGAGGGAGAAGGAGCCGCAGCGCGUGGAUCCAGGGGCAGCGGCGUCCAUCCCGCGUGAGAAAGGAGAAGGAGCCGCGAGUAGCGACGGCGGGGCAGUCCCAGGCUCGGCAGAGGCGUCAGCGGCUCCCCCUCCCGCCUCUCGCCAGUCGCCUCGCGCCCUCGCCAAGGCUGGAGCCAGCAGCCGCUGCUCCACCAAGGCGGUCGCGCCGCUUUGGGAUGCAAACGGGCCUGCCUGCGGGUUGCCCGCUGGCCCGCCGCAUCAGCCGCUUGCAGUUGUGCAUUGCACAAUCACAAAAAGGAAGGAAACGUAUGGACAGAUAACUGAACUCAUCAGGGCUACUGGCAACAGCUACGCAUCAGUGCUGUAA